CAUUUAAUCUGUUUGUUUCUGCGACCCAAGUUUCCCAAUGGGUUUCAUUUUCAGGGUUCAUUCUCUGUUUCUGCUCUCUCUUUUCUUACAAGCUCUGCUUGUGACUCUUCACCAAGCAAGAGCAGCAAAGUUUUUCAAUGCGAGUAGCUCAUUGAGGGGGAGAAAGCAAGCAAGUGGGUGUAACUUGUUCAUAGGAAGCUGGGUGACUGACCCUUCAUAUCCGUUCUAUGACUCUUCAAGCUGUCCCUUCAUAGAUGCUGAGUUUGAUUGCCAAAAGUACGGGAGACCUGACAAUCAGUAUCUCAAAUAUUCCUGGAAGCCUGAUUCGUGUGCCAUGCCCAGGUUCGACGGGAAGGAUCUCCUGAACAGGUGGAGCGGGAAGAAGAUAAUGUUUAUUGGUGACUCCCUCAGUCUGAACAUGUGGGAAUCAAUGGCCUGUAUGAUUCACGCGUCGGUGCCCAAUACCAAGACCACCUUUUUGAGGAAAGAAUCACUAUCUACUGUGAUCUUCCAGGACUAUGGAGUAACUUUACACCUAUACCGCACACCAUAUUUGGUGGACAUAGUUCGAGAAAACGUGGGCCGAGUGCUUGACUUGAACUCCAUAGAAGCUGGAAACGCAUGGAAAGACAUGGACAUGUUGAUCUUCAACUCCUGGCAUUGGUGGACCCACAAAGGACAAUCUCAAGGAUGGGAUUACAUAAGAGACGGUCCCAGACUGGUACAGGAUAUGAAUCGUUUAGAAGCAUUUAAUAGGGGACUAACUACUUGGGCUAAUUGGGUUGAUCGUAAUGUUGAUCCCACCAAGACCAAAGUCUUCUUUCAGGGCAUUUCUCCUACGCAUUAUCAAGGCAAAGAGUGGAAUCAACCAGCAAGGAGCUGUAGUGGAGAACUAGAACCAUUAUCUGGUUCAUCCUACCCUGCAGGUCUGCCUCCUUCAGCUUCUGUAGUGAACAAUGUGUUGAAGAAGAUGAAAUAUCCUGUUUAUCUACUUGACAUAACACUCCUCUCACAACUUAGAAAAGAUGCCCACCCUUCUCUCUAUAGUGGGGACCACGCAGGCAAUGACUGUAGCCAUUGGUGUCUACCUGGUCUACCUGAUACCUGGAAUCAGCUCCUCUACGCAGCUCUCAGUAUGUGAGAUCCAUCACCAAUUUGAUUCUUCCUUCAUAAUCUCUAGGUUUCUAUGUGUGUUCACUUGCUCAGUGAUUUCGUGAAAGAUAGAGAAGCUUCCUCAUUAGUUGGUGGGUAGAUAAGAGGUGAGAUACAUUUUACAAUUAUAGGCUUCUUGAACCACAAAAAUUGAUGGUUCAAAAGGGGAGAAAAAGAAAGAAAGGAAAACAAGCAAAAAUAAGCCUGUCAUGGAGAUCAAGCUGCUCUCCCAAGGGAAUAAACUAAACUAAUCUUUACUGAAUCACAAAAUGAUAUUUAGUUUCAUAUUAUUCGAUGGCAGUUCAUUUGAGUCCCGCGAUUUGUAACAGCUAAGUGAAAUAUAUGAUAUGAAAUAAUUUCAAAGAUAUUUGUAGUGUCCUGAUAUUGUGUAUAUUAAUUUUGUUCAUCCUAA